AUGGAAAGUGGCUACAAUCUCCCCUUGCUGCUCAUUUUGGCAGCAGCAGCCGCUGCUGCGUGGUAUGCACUUGAUUAUUUCUGGGCUCCGAGGCUGUCUCCAAAAGAGCCUCCCUUGCUUCCUCACCCCAUACCCUACAUUGGUCAUAUUCUUGGACUUCUACGACAUGGAACUAGAUACUAUCAGAUGACGAGUGCAAAGUGCAAACUUCCUAUAUACACUCUGAACAUGCUGAGUGGCAAAGUCUAUAUUGUCACCUCUCCUGACCUGGUCAACGCGGUUAACCGUAAUUCCAAAAAGAUAGCGUUCAACCCGUUUGUCGCUAUGCUCGGAAAACGCAUCACGGGCCAUGAUGAAGGCACAAGUCAAAUAGUCCAGCACAAUCUAAACGGCGAGCAUGGCCCGGGCUAUGUUAUCGAUGUUCAUGAUCGUAUAGUAGCUUCCUUGGCACCGGGCAAGGAUUUGCAACAGACGACAAAGGCUAUGCUAUCCCAGCUUUCAGCCUACUUCGAGGCACUCACACCAAAUGCAGAAAUCAAUCUGUUUGAGUGGACGCGAUAUACGGUCACUAUGUGCAGUACUAGAGCGCUCUAUGGGACCGAGAAUCCAUUCAAUAAAAAUACAAAAUUCGUGGACGCAUUUUGGGAUUUCGAUCACGCUCUCAAUCUGCUCAUAGCCGAUGUGUUACCCGAAUUAUUUGCGCCAAAGGGGUAUCGUGCCCGCAUGGAGCUUGGUACUGCUUUUCAAGAAUAUUUCGAGAACUAUAUUCCCGCAAAAAGUGCUGCAAUGAUACAGGGUCGUUACUCUGAAAACAGUCGCUAUGGCAUAACGCUUCCCAAUCAAGGACGCCUUGAAGUAGGCACGCUGAUUGGAGUACUUGCCAACACUAUCCCCUCGAUAUUUUACACACUUGUGCAUAUCUAUUCAGAUCCAGGGUUGGUCUCAGACAUCCGCGACGAGCUGGAAACUUCAGGAUUUGUGGGUACGCCAGAGGAUAUAAGUCAGCAUUCCGGUCUUCUCGCCAUGCCAGAAACUUGUCCCCUCCUGUACUCGACCUGGCAAGAGGUCCUUCGCGUUCAUGCAUUAGGCGCUGGUGCCCGAUACAUCCUCGAGGACAUCAUGUUAGACGAUACUUUCCUCCUCCGCAAAGGCAUGGUGGUCCAAAUGCCGAUGGCAGUAAUGCACAGUGACGUCGCGGCCUGGGGCGAACACGUCGAAGAAUUCCGGCCAAGGAGGUUUCUCAAGCAGAAUUCUACGAUCAAAGGAGGAUUCAAGCCAAACUUUACGGCCUACCGACCCUUCGGCGGAGGCGCCUCGAUGUGUCCAGGGCGGCACUUUGUGACCUUAGAGACCAUGGCGUUGGCGGCGUGUAUGCUAUCGAGGUUUGAUCUUAUUCCGGUAGAUGGACAAUGGAACGUCCCCCGCCAGAAGCAGGAGAGUCUGGCCACCAAUGUGUUUCCCCCUGAGAAAGAUAUCAGGGUUAAGAUUGCAACAAGAAAGGGUGUUGGAGCGUCAAAGUGA